UAAAACUAAGCAAGCAGAUCCUGUAUGACAAAAGGUCGGACAAAGAGUCUUUCAUGGAUGAUCCUGUGGUCCCAGAGCCACCCAAACUCGCCCUACGAGAGGGCGAAGGUGUCGCAUUGGAUCUGACAUCCGAGCUGCCUCAUCUGAGCCAAAAUUGAGUCGAAAUAAGAAGACAGACAAGGCGAGCUGAAGAAUUCUGUGGACAGGCUGAAUUUGAUCGUUGAGGCUCGGUUGAUCGGACAGCAGCUGCGGGAACCUGGCGAUACCAAAAACAAUGAAAUCUUGGGGCUGCUUCAGGAGCUGCUGGGGGGGCUACCAUGGCUAUUCCAACAUACUGCCUGAGCUCACCAUGGCUGAACUCAAUUAAUUGUUGCAGACCGAUAAGAAACAGAGCGCAUUUAUCAUCUCAAUGGUUGCACGAUUAGUGUGCGACCUGGGUCUGUUCUAUGGGUUGCGCAGUCAGCUACGUUUGUUGUCGCCUCACUCAGAGGGCGGUAUCAACCCUGCCCUCAAGAAGGAAACGGGCCCGACGCAGGAGUGCGCUCAGAGGGUUUGUAUCCUCUCUACGAACUCAGAAUGUGUAUCGGUGCCAAGCAUGCAUGGAACAUCUUCUCAGAGGCUCGGUACUUUCAAAACCCCGGAGAGGUUCGACUAUCCAGUCGAUAGGAAGAGAACACAAGUUACCACGUAUGUAACGCAAACACUUGAACAGAACCUCGACACGCUGUGGGGCAAUACAACAAUCAUGUCCUGCAGAAUCUCUCAAGCACCACAUAUAUCAGCAGAACGGAACGCCGGAACAGCGUUCAAGGCCCGGACUAAGGUCAAAACGAGAGGAGAAGCGGAAGUGCUGGACACUGAAGCCAACGAAGCAAAGGAGCCCGAUAAGACACCUUCCACUAACGCCACGCCAAUGCUUCUAUUCAAGAAACGAGCAGCGAAUGUCUUCUCAACCCUUUUCUACCGAGCAUCACGCGGUCAACAGCCCGGGGAAAUACCUUGAAUUGAGUUCACGCAUGCGAUGGGCGCAACUGACUUGAACCCGAGAAGCUGUACGCCUCGGUCUGGCGAUUCGCGCCUAAGGAUGCGGAGACUUUGGGAACGGAGAGGGUGAUCAAUUUCGUGAGCCACACCCAAGCGGCAAACUACC